CCGGCGGGGAGUGGGUCCCCAGAGAGAAGGCAAGGAGUUGCCACUCAAGAAAAUACAAACAGGGGGGAAAAAGUGUUUCUUCUGGUUGCUAAUGUGAAUUGUGGACUACAGAUACAUAGAGAAAACAGACGUGAAUAUUUUCACCUGGAUCUAAAGACUAAAAAGUUCUCUUCAGGCUUGUCAUGGAUUUUUCUGGACAAAGGAAUCUGUGAAAUUAUGUGAAUAGAGACUUUUUUCAAAAUCAUGGGGGAAAAAGAAAGAAGUCCAGACACUGACCAAGAAAAUAAGGCAGACAAACACCGUUACUAUUAUUGUUCAUCUGAUUUUGAAACUACACCACAGUCUUCUGGCCGGUCAUCGCUGGUCAAUCCCUCCUCACAUAGGAGUAAUAAGAAAAAAAAUUCUAAAAGACAAAUUUCAGAUAGCGAAGUGCAUCACCAAGCCCCUAAGAAAGCAAGUCCUAAGGGUCCAUCAAACAGAAAGGAAGGCCGAGUGGGAUUUCGCUCCCAUAGCCUCAAUAGGGAGCCACCUCGGAAAGAUAUUGAUCUCGUUACAAAACGGGUUCUUUCUGCAAGACUGCUAAAAAUCAGUGAAUUGCAGAAUGAAGUGACUGAACUCCAGGUCAAGUUAGCUGAACAGCUAAAAGAAAAUAAAGCUUUGAAAAGGCUUCAAUACAGACAGGAGAAAGCCCUGAAUAAGUUUGAAGAUACAGAAAAUGAAAUAUCACAACUUAUUGCUCGUCAUAACAAUGAGAUUACAGCACUCAAAGAACGCUUACGAAAAUCUCAGGACAAAGAACGGGCAACUGAGAAAAAGGUGAAAGAUGCAGAAGGUGAACUAUUUAAGACAAAAUUUUCCUUAAAGAAACUGAAAAUGAUCUCUGAAGCUAGACACCUACCUGAGCGAGAUGAUUUGGCAAAGAAACUAGUUGCAGCUGAGUUAAAAUUAGAUGACACUGAGAGAAAAAUUAAGGAACUAUCAAAAAACCUUGAACUGAGUAGUAACAGUUUCCAACGACAGUUGCUUGCUGAAAAGAAAAGGGCAUAUAAUGCUCAUGAUGAAAAUAAAGUUCUUCAAAAGGAGCUACAACAACUGCAUCAUAAGUUAAAGGAAAAGGAGAGAGAACUGGAUAUAAAAAACAUAUAUUCUAAUCGUCUACCAAAGUCUUCUCUAAAGAAAGAAAAAGAACAUAUAUCAAGAAAAAAUGCUGCAUGCCAGAGUGAUUUUACAUCUCAGUGUACAAAAGGAGUGCAAACCAGUGAAGACUUCACGCUGGAUGACUUUCCUAUUAUACCACAAACAGUUAUGUGUUAUGAAAACAAAUGGGAACCCGAACUUCUUACUUUGGACCUGAAAUCUCAAGAGAGAGAUGAGUAUGAAGAAGCAGGGAUUCUAAACCCAGUUGAGGAAAGAGAAGAAAAUUUUGCUAAAGAUCAAAGAAGCCAUGUUGUAAAACAAGAGGUUGAGAAGCUGGAGGAUGAAUGGGAAAGAGAAGAACUUGCUAAAAAGCAAAAGGAAAAGGCAUCUAUGCUGGAGAGAGAAGAAAAACCAGCAUUGGAAACUGGAAGAUACCAAGUGGAAAUGUACCAAAUUCAAAAUACUGAUGAAGAGGAAGAAGACAGACUGAAGAGAGAACUGCUACUUGCUAAACUGAAGGAAAUCAGCAGAGAACAAGAGUCUCUGAAUCUAAAAUGUCCUGCUCUGCCGUUGCUACCUGAUUUGGAAUCUAAAUUGCACUCCCCAAAGAGAAGCCCCAAACCAUACAUGUUCUCCGACUCCUCAGAGAGAUUAUUUAAUGGGCAUCACUUACAAGAGAUCAGUGUUUUAACUUCAAAAGGAGAUGGUCAGACUCCAGGAAGUAUCAGAAGCCCACUCUCUCCAAAUGAGCUUGCAUUUGGCAGCUACGUGCCUUCAUUUGCAAACACAAGGAAGUCCAGUCCAUUUAGCCAAAAAAGUAGCCUGUUGGAUUUCCAAAGAAACAGUAUAGAGAAACUUAGUAGUAAAGACAGUGCAGAUUUAACCACAAGAAAAGAGAAAAAAGCCAAUCUGAUGGAACAGCUAUUUGGUACCAGUGCCAGCAGCACCGGAUCCUCUAAAAGCAGUGACCGGAAUUCCCUGGCUGCCAACAAGGGAGACCCUGACCCUUUUUGUCUCCCUGGGGACAAAAGCAGCAGGGGUAGAGAACAUGAUGAAGAUGACUUUUUCCUCAGCGAAGGAAGAGGUUUUAAUCCAAACAGGCACAGAUUAAAAAAGGCAAACCAUAAGCCAGUUGAUUCUGUAGAAGAUGAAAUUGAAGAAGUAGCACUGAGAUGAGU